AUGAAAAAAGUAAUAGAAGAACUUAUUUUAAUUGCUAAUUGGUUACGUAAAUAUAGAAACGGUGAUUUUACUUCUGUAUAUGCAACAAUUCGAUCAAAAACACUUGUGCAAUCACUUAAGAAUUUAAAGGAACAUCUAAAAUCUUGUAGUGGAAACAGCAAUACUCUUCCAGCACAUAAUUCUCCUUUGUUGGGAGGUAGAAGAAAUGUAAGAGAAAAUGCAGUUCGAAGGACCUCUAGAAGAGGAAUUCAAAAUGUCUUUAUGAAGAAAGCAUCAGCAGCUUUUAUGAAAUAUUCUCCAGCUGUAGAAGGUACUGUUCUUGGUCAGAGAUUUCAAACUUCUCUUCUGCCUGAAACAAAAGAUGAUAUUAUUGAACAAGAAUUAGAAGGUUAUCUCACUUCAAUAUCAGCCUUAUGUAAAUUAAUGCAGAGUGAACUUCAGUUAAUGAAUAAAAUCAUCAUUCCUUCAGAGCAAGUAGCUGUUUUUGACAGAGUUGUGCAACAAGCUCUUGAUAAUGUGAUUUCAGAAGGAGAAGGACUUGCCACACGAGUUAGAAAAUGUGCUGCUCGGCACGAGUUUUCUACUGCACUUUCCUUAUUUCCUGUUUUGCGCCAUUUAAAUGCCAUUAAACCUGAAUUUGAUGGAAUUUUUCAGAAGGGUACAUCAGAAUUACGUUCUCGUCUUCAGGGCCUAACAACAACAUUACAAUUUACAAUAAACAAAGCUUUAGAAGAAUUUGUCGAUUGUAUUAAAAGUGAUCCUGACACAAAAAUGCCUAAAGAUGGUACAGUUCAUGAACUUACAAGCAAUGUUAUGAUUAUGCUGGAGCAAUUACAGGAUUAUAUGGAUAUGCUUGGGACUGUUCUUAAUAAUCAAGAUCUAGCUUCAUUUAAUGAUGAUGGAGAUAUAAAUAAGACUGCUUUAGCACGGUAUAUCAUGAGAGUAUUGUCAGCUCUGGGUUUAGCACUCCAGAGUAAAAGUGAGUCUUAUAAUGAUCCCUAUCUGAAGGCUAUUUUCCGUUUAAAUAAUCUUCAUUAUAUAUUAAAAGCAUUGCAAAGGACAAACUUAAUAGAAAUUGUUAGUAAAUGUAGUCCUGAUUUGGAAGAUUACUACAAUGAUCAAAUCUGUGAUCAAAAAAGAAUUUAUUCUCAAAGUUGGAGUAGAGUUCUUCAUUAUGUAUUGGAGAUUGAUAAACCAAUAUCAACUACUCUUACACAAGCUCCUACCUUGAAAUUAAAAGAUAAAGAUAGGCAGAAUAUCAAAGAUAAAUUUACAGGAUUUAAUAAAGAAAUGGAAGAAAUUUAUAGAAUUCAGAAAGCCUACGCUAUCCCAGAUGUAGAACUUCGAGAGAGUUUAAAACAUGACAACAAAGAAUUUAUACUUCCCAAGUAUCAAAUGUUUUAUGACAAAUAUGCAAGUUUCCACUUUACCAAAAAUCCAGAAAAAUAUUUAAAGUACCUUCCAGCAGAUGUUUCCAACAUGAUUGAUAAAUUUUUUGAUGCAGCAGCAUAAAAGAUAAAAGCAACUUAUAAUAUUUUAUUAUGAACUUUGUUAUUUGUAGAAUAA